UAUCACCAUCACUGUUAGUGUAGUCACGGAGAGAUUAGCCAUGGCGACGGCACCCGCCGGUGUGAGCACCUCCGCCCGAGGCGUCGUCUCCUCGAAGGCGGAGCUCCCAAAACCACAGCUGUCUAAAGGGAUGCUCCGCCUUCCAUGGGCCAGCCGCCGCCGAGCGUCCUCCCGCCGGCUGGUGCUGGUGGCAAGCUCGCCGUCCACGCCGCCGAACAUAUCGGAGAAGGUGGUGGAGAGCAUCAAGAAAGCGGAGGAGACGUGCGCGGAGGACGCGGCGAGCGGGGAGUGCGCCGCGGCGUGGGACGAGGUUGAGGAGCUGAGCGCGGCGGCCAGCCACGCCAGGGACAAGCUCAAGACCAGUGAUCCCCUGGAGGAGUACUGCAAGGACAACCCUGAGACCGACGAGUGCCGCACCUACGAGGACUAGAAGCUGAACAGAUGAAGUAGCAACCAACAUAGCGAAGAAAGAUGAGGUGAUUGUUUCUUUGUUGACCUCAGAAUCUAAGUCAAGGUUUGAUGGUUUGCGUGUGCAGUAGGCUGGUGUUGCAUGAUGGCUUGUUUAAGGACCCUCAGGUGUUUGAUGAAGUGUCAAAAUAAGCAGUGUCUAAUAGAACUCAUUUCUUGUUCUUCAGUUCAUAAGCCUUUCUUUA